AUGAUCGGGAAUGCGCUCCUACAAUGUGCAGGGCUCGCGGCCCUUGCAAACCUGCCGCUGAUCCGGGCUGUUCCGUUUCUGCAAACACCAACAACUACUUUCUCUGCUGCUGAGACCGUCACGCCGGCUGUGGUAUCUGUUGAGAACGUCACCUCUCACGGCCCCUUUACAGGACCACCAGCAUCGACCACCGGCGCGCUGACGGCUUCUACCAUCUUGGCCUCAGAGAUCCCAUCAGCGCCCCCUGCUCCGGGAACCUUCAACUACACAGCUGACGGCAAGCUCCACGGCGCGGAGCCUGCGCCGUUUACUCCAAAUGGCGGCCUGGGAACCAAUGGAUCUGCUCCCGUCAGCCGACCCCAGAGCGACUUUGACUACCAGUCGCUUGCAUUGGCUCUCUACCAAGAAUACCUCGAAUUGGAUCUCUUCCACUUCGGCCUAAAGAACUUCUCUGUUAAUCAGUUUAAUGCCAGCGGCCUCAACGCAGAUGAUAGAUUCCUCAUUGAGUACAUGGCCGAUCAGGAGGUGGGACAUGCCACCCUUCUGACCAACAUACUCGGUGCUCAGGCACCCAAGCAGUGUACUUACAACUAUCCCGUGUCCAAUGUUCGGGAGUUCCUUGACUUCAACCAAAAGAUCACGCGUGUGGGAGAAGCGGGCGCCUAUGGAUUCAUUCCUCAUUUGAACAAUAGACCGGCGGCCCAGCUGCUCCUCCAGAGCAUCGCAGUCGAGGCUCGCCAACAGCUCAUCUUCCGCCAGCUUGGUGGACAAUUCCCCAUGCCCGUUUGGCACAUUCCUGCAAUUCCUCAGAGCUGGGCAUGGACGCUGCUGGCGCCAUACAUUUCGAGCUGCCCUACCAACCAGACUCGGCUUAUCUGGCAAAAUUUCCCAGCCUUGAAUAUCCUCAAUCAGCCUAAUCCUGCUCGUAUCAAUGCUUCUGAUGCUUUCAACGAGACCACCGGUGGCGGUAUUAAUACUCUUUCCACGGCAAACAUCACCAGCUCAGAGCUUUGUCAAAACGCGACCAAUCCGACCAACCAGUCGCUUAACUGCGCGCCAGCCAUCACCCGAAACCGCACCAUCCCGCUCUCCUACCCAGGCCGCCAGGUCUUCUUGCACUGGGACACUCCUGGAAAGCUUGUCGGGCCAAACAACAGCUACGUGACCAGUUCCACAGCAAGAGUGCCCAGGUGGGCGGCUUGGGUAUCGCAGCUGAACGUCACGUACUCUCCGCUGCUAAACAUCAAUUUGCGGAACCGGACGGCGUUUACUUUCCAGCCUAACGUGUCGACGUGGGAUCAUGAUCCAGCCAUUAACGGAACCAUGUUCUUGGCGCUCACGAACGCAAGGCUCAACGUCACGCCGUUUAACUUGAGCCAGCUCAAUCCUCAUGUUGCUGCUCUUGGUGUUUACCAGGCUGGUUAA